UCUUUCGAUGCUACCCUUCCUCCUGUUUCCCUUUUAAAUAACACAUACACCCUCAUCUGCCCUGUCUCUAGUCCAUCUCAAACCCACACCUUCAAUUCCUCUUUCCUCUCUCUCCCUGAGACUCUGACGACUGAGAACAGACAGGUUAUGGCACCAGCAUCAUCAUCAUCCUCCUUCGAUGAGGAAUACUCAAUCUCAAGAACUGUGUGCGUCAUGGACGCUUCAGGACCCCUUGGCUCCUCCCUUGUUGAUCGUCUCCUCCAACAAGGCUACACAGUCCACGCUGCCCUUCAGAACCAUGAUUAUUCACAAGUGUUCGAGAGACUUUGUGUUGAAAACAGCAAGAACCUCAAGGUCUUCCACACAGAUCCCUUCGAUUACCAAAGCAUUGUCGAUGCCUUGAAGGGUUGUUCGGGCUUGUUCUACAACUUCGAGCCCCCCCAUGAUCAACCCACCUUUGAUGAAUUUAUGGCGGAGGUGGAAGUGAGAACGGCGCACAAUGUGCUGGAAGCGUGCGCACAGAUAGACACGAUCGACAAAAUAGUGUUUACGUCGUCAGUAACGGCAGUUAUCUGGGGUGAGGGUAGAAAAUCAACCCGGGACUUCGACGAAAGGAACUGGAGUGACGUCAACUUCUGCAAAAAAUACAAGUUAUGGUACGCACUAUCUAAGACGGUAUCGGAGAAGAUGGCUUGGGCUUUAGCAAUGGACCGUGGGCUUAGUAUGGUGACCGUUAAUGCUGGGCUUUUACUGGGCCUGGAUCUGUCAAUCGCAAGCCCAUAUCAGAAAGGAGCGCCUGAGAUGUACGAAGACGGUGUGUUUGUGACGGUUGACCUGAAGUUCCUCGUUGAUGCUCACAUAUGUGUCUACGAAGACGUCUCCAGUUACGGCCGUUAUCUCUGCUUCAACCACAUCGUCAACCGACCUGAAGACGCCAUCAAAUUGCCUCAGAUGUCAACGCCCGACUCUGCUUCCCCUCCUCGGAGCAGUUGGGACUAUACGAGGACUUUCGAACAGAGGAUCAGUAAUAAGAAGUUGAACACACUCAUGGUGGAAUUCGCCCGGAGUGGAAGUAUCAUGGAGUGAAGAUUUCUGAACGUCGAAGAAAUGAACGGAUGGGCAGAGUACACGUCAAAUAUUAAAUGUAUUAAUUUUUGUUAACAUUAUUGCACAAUAUAUAUGGU